AUGAUCAAAGACUACCAGAGAGAACAAGAAUACCAAGAUUCAAUAUUAGACAACUGAAGAGCCAAAGAGCAAGAAAACAGUAAAGAAGAAAUGAAAGAGCCUGAAAGGAAGUACAUCAAACUGUACGAUGACUCCAACUCCAACAUUAUCAGGCUCAUGAAGAGCUUGUUCAGAGAAAGUAAUAAACUCAUGGUGAUGUGUGAAAGGUAA